AUGCCUCUUCCGAAAUACACCUACACCGGUCCAAUCGACCACACCACGAUUCCCAAUCUAGCCAACGCCAAAGGCAAAUCCAUUAUCGUUACCGGAGGUGCAAAUGGUAUGGGCGAGGCUAUGGUGCGCGCCUUCAGUGCGGCCGGCGCUUUUGUCACAUUUGGUGAUCUUCACCCACGCGGAGACGACCUCGCUAAGGAAUUGAAUGCGGAGAGUGAAAAGACCGCAUUUGUCAAGUGUGAUAUUCGAGACUGGGACAGUCUGAUUACACUUUUUGAUACGGCCAAAGCCAAAAGUCCGCAUCACAGCGUUGAUGUUGUCAUUGCCAAUGCGGGAAUCUCACGAAGCUCGGGUGAUAGUCUGUGGAAUCUCGAUGACCCCAACGGCCCACCCACCAAGCCUGAUCUCAACAUAGUCCGUGUCAACAUGGAUGGAACAUUCUAUACCUGGAAACUUGCGGUUCAUUACUUCAGGAACCAGCCAGACUCUGAAGACCGAGACAGAUGCUUCAUAAUAACUGGAAGCAUGACCGCAUAUAUUGACUCUCCGGGCAAUUGGGAAUACACAGCUACCAAAUAUGGACUACGUGGUUUCAUGAAGACUGCCCGUCGAAGCAGCUGGGAGCAAGGAAUCAGAAUCAACUAUGUCGCACCAUGCUGGAUCAAAAGUGCUAUUCGAACCAAGGAGUACGAGGCCUGGCUGAUUGAGCACGGCAUUGAGUUUGGCGAACAGGCUGAUUGCGCCGGUGCCAUGAUGCGUAUUGCCUGCGAUAAAACCAUCAACGGACGCUCACUCAUGAUUACCCCAAGGACUGUGGCCAAGGAAGGAUUUGUGGACGUAGACAGGGAGGACUAUACUGAGCCCAAGGACGAGUAUUUCAUAAAGAAGCAAGCGACCCAGUUGAGGAUUAUCGAGGAUAAAUGGCUCGAUGACUAUAAAGGUCAAAGACAUAAGGGGGUCAACCCUAUCCCGUCAUCUAUGUAUGCAUGGAGGAAACAUAAGGGAAAUCCUGAGCCAGUCUGGGAGGAAGUUCCGGUCCCCUCAACUCCCGCUAGGGGAUUCUUGAUUAAGAUGAUUGCUUCUGGAGGUGAGUAUCUGACCGUUGGAUUUGGCCCCGAAAUGACUGUUUCGGAAAAUGAGGCUAACCGCUGCGUCUCAGUGUGCCAUAGUGACCAUUCGCUGCUUACGAAUGAGAAGCAACGUCCUUGGUUUCAGGACAAAUAUACUCUGGGUCACGAAGGAUGCGGAGAGAUUGUAAAGGUGGGUGAUCAAGUGAAAAACGCCGGAUUUAAAGUGGGAGAUCGGAUUGCAACCAUCGCUGUCCCUGGCUGUGGUUCGGACGACUGCCCAGAAUGCUCGCGAGAUCUUGCUCAGCUGUGCGAACAAGCCCAUCACGCGGGCAUAGGGCAAGAUGGGUUUUAUGCACCAUAUGCUGCGCUAGAUAUUCGAGCAGUAGUGCGGGUUCCAGACGGAAUUCCGUCCUCUGUCACAGCUGUGGCAACAGAUGCUGUCAAAACAAGCUAUCACGCCAUUACCAGGCGCGCAAAAGUUAAGCGGCAUGAGACGAUAUUUCUAUUUGGCCUUGGAGGCCUCGGUUUCAAUGCAUUACAGAUUGUGUUGCAUAUCGGGGCUAGGGUUAUUGUUUCUGAUAUUCGACAGGAACGCUUGGAAGAGGCUGUAAGAUUUGGGGUUCCUAGACAGGAUAUAGUACCAGCUGGAAAGUCGGUACAAGAAUUUGUCCACGAGAAUGGGUUGCAGGGGAAGAUCGACACUACCCUGGAUUUUGUGGGUAAACAUCAAACUUUCGAAGACGCACAGAGAAUUGUUCGCCGGGGAGGAAAGCUUCUGUGUGUUGGUACUUUCGAUGAAGAGAACACAGUUGACAUGAAAAUUGGCAUUCGGAAGAGACUGGACAUCAUCUUCACGUACGGCGGGCAAUUGAGAGAUCUAAAGGAAGUACUCGACUUGAUCUCAAAACGGAUACUUCAGCCACAGGUUGAGACGGCUGGCUUGAAGGAUUUCCCCAGGGUUUUAAAAGAUCUUUGCGAUGGAAAGAUCAAGGCCCGGGUUGCCUUACUGCACGAAUAG